AUGCAGGCGAUGGCGCCCAAGAAACCACCUGCUGCAUACAAGGCUACCACGUGGGGAAUUUCCCCGACGGAGGAUGUGAAGAAAAUCAACAUCUCCGUCAUGCCCGGUGCGAAGAACCCCCAAUGUUGCGAUCCAUGCCGUGUACUUCAUCAUAAAUGUGACGGAGUCUUGCCACAAUGCAGCCGAUGCGUCCGCACAGGUCGCGAAUGCACUCGUGGUAAAAAGGAAACCAAGUUUCGACAGGCAAAGGGUCGGACAACGCGCACUAAGUUUCCUAGCAACCAAGUUUGGCUCCGGCCACCACCUAGAGUGGACUUUGUGCUCGAAAGCGGAAGCGGCCAAGUGGGUAGCCCGACCCCGACGCCAACCAAUGUUCUGUCGCCUGCCGGGAGCUUGCAUAGUCAUGCCGACUCCAUUCCUAUACCCGAAAGGGUGUCUCCAGGGUCCUCAUAUACUCCUCCUUUGCCACAAUAUGGUUUCCCAAACCAGCAAGUACAUACGGGAAGUAGUGCUGUUUCGCUAGCACCCUCGGUGGACACACCUGAACGAUUACCCCAGCGGCCAUGGCCAUUGAGAGAUCCCGAGGAGGCGCGUUUGCUGCAACAUUUUGUGGAAAAGGUUGCGCCGUUUUUUGAUUGCACGGAUCACCAGCAACAUUUUGCCAUCCAUAUCCCAUACCGAGCACGCCGCUGUGAGACAUUAUUCAAUGCAAUAUUGGCCAUGUCAGCUCGUCAUUUGAAUCGCACAACAGGGUUUGACCCUUUUGUAUCGGACCAUUAUUACCAAGCAUGUCUGGCGAAGUUGAUCCCCGCGCUCAAUGACCACGGUGUUACGAUGGACGAUGACUUGCUGUCUGCUACCGUCAUUCUACGCUUGCUGGAAGAGUUCGAUGUCCCACUCGCUGGGUCCGAUAUUCGAGGCCACUCCUUCGGGACAAAGGCUUUCAUACGGUCUCCCUCAAUGAUGACCACAACCCCAAGUCUACGGCAGGCUGUCUACUGGAGUGGCCUACGCCAGGAGAUUUACAAUGCCCUUAGCCUCCAUCAAGCGCCAGACAUUGAGCUGAGGUCCUUGGACUUGGAUUCCCACCUUAACUCGCUGGGCCCUGAUGCAGGUGAUUGCGCAUGGGCGAAUCAAGCAAUCACUCAUUGUGCCCACGUUUUGGUGUUCUGUUUCGGGGAGGGACCUCGCUCGGCGGCUGUCUAUGCAGAUCUUAAGGCACAUAAUCAGCAAUGGAGUGAGACUCGGCCGGACUCUUUCGACCCUUAUUUUGUGGGCGAAGAUGUGGAGGUGGGAACCAAAUUCCCUGACAUUCGCUACGGAUGUCCAUGGCAUGGUACGUAUCGGGCGACAUUCCAGGAAGUGGUGUUUCCUGGAAGUUAUUUAGGAUAUGAACUGCGGCUAAUCGCUUGGGGUUAUAGCAAUUGGCAAUCAAUAUAUCGAUCUUGCCCAGAUCUUGCUUUCUGUGCACGAUCCGACUCUGCUACGGUUGGACCUCUGCGCACGCGUCUGAUCCAGGAGGCUGAUGAUCAUAUCCGCAGGGGGAUUUGGAAAGUAUGUGGCGCUUCAUUAUCUAAUGCCUCUGUGCCCCCAGCCAUGGUUGUUGGGUGCAUGGCCAUCCAUCUCUGGGGCGAUCGCUUCACAGACCCACAUGAACAGGACCAUUUGAUCCAAGUUCUCAUUCAAACUGAUGCACUUCAUGGCUGGCCAACCCAUGCGCUCCAGCGACAGCUUCGGGAGAGGUGGGGCAUGCGUUGA